UUUCAAUUCAAUUGCCUUUAGUUUUCAUUUCACACUUUAGGGCUCCUUUAAAAGAAGAUCGCAUAUUCUACAGGCUCACUGUAUAUUCGUUUACCUUCGUCGUCAAUGGUCCUAGGUUGAAGAAGCGCUGACCACCAUGCCACUGCCACACGCUCUUUCUUCUCCCCGGCAGUCCCAAUCGAUCCUUGCCUACCUCGAUUCUCCCCAUCGCCAUCGCGAUCGUGGCUUGUCGCCGCAAUUUCGUGUCGAAAUCCCUGCUCGCGCAACGUUUCUCGCGGAAAAGCGAUCCAGCCUGCCGGCCAGGAGAGCUCCUAGGGUUCUUGGAUCUUUUGGGGGCGCGUCUUCUUUCUCGUCCUCUUCGUCCGGUGUAAUGGCGCCCAAGCUCGAUCCCUCGCUGCAUUUGAAGGCAUUCGACGACGGCGGCAAGCUCGCCGAGGGGCUGGCGGAUCACAUCAGCAAGCUCUCGGCUGCAUCGAUCGAGAGGAAGGGCGCAUUCACUGUUGUGCUGUCGGGAGGAUCGCUCGUCUCGGCGCUCACGAAGCUUGCGCAAGCGCCGGUCGUGGACCAGAUCGAUUGGAGCCGAUGGCAUGUCUUCUGGGUGGACGAGCGCGCGGUCCGCAAGGAUGAUCCGGACAGCAGCUACAAGCUCGCGCACGAUCUCUUCCUCUCCAAGGUGACGAUUCCAGUGUCUCAAGUCUACUCCAUCAAUGACGCUCUCGACGCCGACGCCGCCGCCGACGACUACCAGGCUUUGAUCGCGCAUUCCAUCCAGACGGGGAUCCUCGACACAUCGCAGCAGGGACUUCCCCGAUUCGAUCUCAUCCUCCUGGGGAUGGGACCUGACGGCCACAUCGCGUCGCUCUUCCCAAACCAUCCGCUGAUCCAGGAGAGGCAGCGAUGGGUGUGCUCCAUCACCGAUUCCCCAAAGCCGCCACCCCAGCGCAUCACCAUGACGCUGCCGGUGAUCAACGCGGCCGCCAACGUCGUGUUCGUCGCCUCCGGGGCCUCCAAGGCAGAGAUGGUGGCGCGAGUUUUCGGGGAGGAGCUCCCGGCUGGGGAGUUGCCGGCGCAGAUGAUCUUGCCUCUUGAUGGAAACCUGGUAUGGUACGUGGAUCGAGCGGCUGCUGGACAAUAUGGACGCUGAUUGUUUCGUGAUCUCGCAAGGAAAUAAUUCUUUUGAUUCGAAAGAAACUUCCGAUGAUUAAACGCAAGAACUUCAUUGUCCUGCUAAAAGUCUUUAUUUUGCGAAAGAAAGCUUCCAACUCUA